AUGGAUUCAGCAGCCCUGGCCACCCGCCCCUCGCAGCCGGCGCUGGAUAUUGGAUAUUGCACCAUAUGCAAUUGUUGCAUGCCGCCCAAUACGUCCAAGCUUGCCAUGUUGCACGGCCAUGCCAUCGGCUUCCUAUUAGCUGUUUUGCUACCAGCCAGUCGCCGCCGCACUCGUCUCGACCCACGCCGCCGUCGCCCUUGGUCACUCUCCACUACACCUACACCUACACCCACGCCUACUACACCCACACCCACGCCUACUACACCCACACCCACACCCACACCCACACCCACACCCACACCCACACCCACAUCCACCUCCGUCCAUCCAUCCAUCCAUCCGCCCCGUCGCCGCCGUCGCCGCCGUCGCCCGCGCCUCGCCCGCCUCUGUUUUGCGGCCAGCCCGUCGCAAUUGGCUGCACGCGCCGUGUCUCAGUCCGCCCAGUUCCGCUCGCAAGCGUGA